AUAUUGCCCUCAUCUUACUGGCCUUGAACUUUCACUCAGUACGCUGUCUACUUCCGGUUCUUCUCACAGUUUGAAUCUGUCGCCGAUAGCGACCGGUUUGUGUUUUUAAAGUGGCAGUGGGAGGCAAAGCCAAAAGGUAAAAUGAAGCAAUGUUUAUGAUGGAUAAUGACACUCCUACAAUCAGACCAAGAAGAAUUCAGAAUCAAAAUGUCAUUCAUCGACUUGAACGGCGAAAAAUUGGCUCUGGAAGGCCUGGCUCCCACUGGCAUCAAGUGCGCGUCUUCCACCAGAAUGUUUUUCCGAACUACACCGUGGUCAAUGUGGAAAAGCCGCCAUGUUUCUUACGCAAGUUCUCACCAGACGGUAGAUAUUUCAUUGCUUUUUCGUCAGACCAGACCUCGCUGGAAAUCUAUGAGUAUCAAGGCUGCCAGGCUGCUGAAGAUCUAUUGCAUGGCUAUGAAGGUGAAUUGCUUUCUAACUCAAACGACCAGAGGUCUGUGAACAUUCGUGGACGGCUCUUUGAGCGCUUUUUCGUGCUCCUCCAUAUCACCAAUGUAGCUUCGAAUGGCGAGCACUUGAAUCGUGAAUGCAGUUUAUUUACAGACGAUUGCCGCUAUGUAAUUGUGGGAUCAGCUGCCUACCUUCCUGAGGAACCGUAUCCCCCUUUCUAUGAAAUCUACAGGAAUAGCGAGUCUGUGACUCCCAACCCAAGGUCUCCACUGGAAGAUUACUCUCUACACAUAAUAGACCUUCAUACAGGCAAACUCUGUGACUCGCGUACUUUCAAAUGCGAUAAAAUCAUUUUGUCUCAUAACCAAGGCCUUUACCUGUACAAAAAUAUUUUGGCAAUUCUCUCUGUACAGCAGCAAACAAUUCAUGUUUUCCAGGUGACCCCAGAGGGAACUUUUAUCGACGUGCGCACGAUAGGUCGAUUUUGUUAUGAAGACGAUCUUUUAAUAUUGUCAGCUGUCUAUCCAGAAGUACAGCGUGAAACUCAGACUGGUAUGGCAAAUUUGUACAAGGAACCCUUUAUAAAUUCAUUAAAGCACAGAUUGCUUGUCUAUUUAUGGAGAAGGGCAGAGCGGGAUGGCAGUGCCAUGGCCAAGAGGAGGUUUUUCCAGUACUUUGACCAGCUGAAACAGCUCCGUAUGUGGAAGAUGCAGUUAUUGGAUGAAAGCCACCUAUUUAUUAAGUACACAAGUGAAGAUGUGGUCACUCUUCGAGUCAAUGAUCCAUCACAGGUACAGCCUUCCUUUUUUGUGGUUUACAACAUGGUCACCACGGAAGUCAUUGCUGUUUUCGAGAACACCUCCAACGAGCUGCUAGAACUCUUUGAAAACUUCUGCGACCUUUUCCGAAAUGCCACUCUUCACAGCGAGGCUGUACAGUUUCCCUGCUCUGCUUCCAGCAACAAUUUCGCCCGACAGAUACAGCGCCGGUUCAAAGACACUAUUGUGAAUGCGAAGUAUGGAGGACAUACAGAAGCGGUGAGGAGACUGUUGAGCCAGCUCCCGAUUAGUGCCCAGUCCUACAGUGGAAGCCCUUACCUUGACCUGUCUCUCUUCAGCUACGAUGAUAAGUGGGUGUCUGUUAUGGAGAGACCUAAAACCUGCGGUGAUCACCCAAUCAGGUUUUAUGCCAGAGAUUCUGGUCUAUUGAAGUUUAAAAUCCAGGCUGGACUUCUCGGACGACCCAUCAACCACACGGUUCGCAGGCUUGUGGCUUUCACGUUCCAUCCUUUCGAGCCAUUUGCAAUAUCUGUACAAAGGACUAACGCCGAGUAUGUGGUUAAUUUCCACAUGAGGCACAUCUGUACAUAGAAUAAUACAGGACCACGCUGCCUUAACCUACACACCAGCAUUAAAAAAGACCAAAGUGACAUAUAUCUGAUCCAUGCUAAUAUUGGCUACUUUGUUUCAAGCCACGUUUACCUCUAAUCUGUCCCUUAUAGACUGUACUUCUGUUAGAACAGCUUUUCAGUU